GUCAACCAAAAACCAGUUCCAUUCCCGGAGUCCCCCUACUCGAGUGUCCUAUCGUACAACCCAUCACUUUACCCUCGAAAAAGAAAAACACUUUAUAUAUAUCCCCUUCACUUAAGUUUGCUGCUCCCUUUUGGUUUCCCCAGAAUCCCUUUCAAAGUCUCCACUCGUGGCUUCAUUCUUCACUCGCCGUAUCGGCACUCUCGUCAAGCAAGCAACAAUGUCUAAAACCCCGCGUGAGUACCCUCCAUACUUCGCUCUACCGCUACAUGCUAACAUUCUCCUUUAGCUCAAGUUGUUAGUUCGAAUUCCAAUAACUUCAUUCAGAACUGGUCAUUAGAUGCAGGUAAUGCUCUUCAGGCAUUCUAUUUUCCUUGGGGAUGGCAUUUGCUAAUAUCUGCUGCCCACUGUAGUCCUGAAAUCAAUCCCUACCACCACCGUCACUUCGCCCAGCUCACCUUUAGCAUUUCUCCAUAUCAUUGAAAGAUUGAAGACUACACCAAGAGAAGGGUGGCGUAAGCAUGGAAUUCUUCAAGGAGGUACCAAGAGAAACUAUCUUCUCACACUAUUUCUGCCUCGAUAAUAGCCCUUGCGGUUACCCCACUCUUUUCGGCGGAUGACUAAAUUUCUAACGUAUCUUGUUGAAUUGUAGAGUCGAUAAGUGAUCAUAUGUACCGAAUGAGUGUUAUUGCCAUGCUUUGCCCUCCUGAGCUCAAAAUUGACAGAGACCGCUGCGUAAAGCUGGCCAUCGUUCACGAUAUGGCAGAGGCAUUGGUUGGAGAUAUUACACCGCCGGAUAAAAUCGAGAAAGGUAGGGGGCACCUUCCUCAUUACUAGUGGCUUUAAAACUGAUGUUAUAUCUAGUCGAAAAACACCGACGAGAGCUCGAAUCUAUGCAGUACAUAGUUAAUACCCUUCUGAAGCCUGUCUCGGAGGCGAUAGCAAAAGACUUCAUGGAUUUGUGGUUGGAAUAUGAGACGGGAAAAACACCAGAAGCCGUUUUUGUAAAAGAUGGUAACCUUCUUCACCGCAGCCCAUCAAGGCAGCUGCUGAUGCUGAUUCGUUACUACUAGUGGACCGAUUUGAGCUUAUCUGCCAAACCAUCGAAUAUGAGAAGAAGUACGAGGCACAGAAAGAUCUCAAGGAGUUUUUGCAUGUCAGAGAAAGCAUCAAAAAUGACUUUGUUAAGAAAUGGGCUGAAGAUGCUAUGAGGGAGAGAGAGGCUUUCUGGAGGAAUGCCGGCAUCGAGAGCAUUGUCCCGUAA